AUGGGUGAGGAAUAUGGCAUUAUAUCGAAGGAGACAGUAAAGCCAUCUUCCCCAACCCCUAUUCAGCACUUCAAACUCUCUUUUCUCGACCAAUUGGCUCCUUCAUUCCAUGUUCCCAUUCUGCUCUUUUACUCUGCCUCUGAUGUUAGAACCUUUGCUGCCACUGACCACAGUGCACUGUCACAAAAGUUGAAAACUUCUCUGUCACAAGUCCUCACUCUCUAUUACCCAUUUUGCGGAAGACUCAGAAACUCUUCAAUCAUUGAGUGCAACGACGAGGGUGUUCUUUUCAUCCACUCUAAACUCCCCAUUGAGCUCUCAAACAUUCUCCAAAACCCUCAACUUCACACCCUCUAUGAACUUCUCCCAUGUCCUCCUUACAACCUUGAACCACAACAAAGGGAUACGUUCGGGAUCAUGGCAGUUCAGUUGAGCCAAUUCAAGUGUGGGGGCAUAGCCCUUGGCGUGUGCUUCUCACACAAGAUCGCUGAUGCUUCCACUGCAGCAUCGUUUCUCAACGCUUGGGCUGCAACAUCACGUGGACACGGCAAUAGCAACCUCGUUCCACCUCCAAUGGAAGAGGCAAGUCUGCUUUUCCCAUCGAGGAACAUAUCCGUUGACAUGACAAGUGGCAUGGUUGGCCAAGAAAAGACUGUGACAAAGAGAUUCAUAUUUAGUGGCAGCAGUAUUUCUAGAUUGAGACAAACCAUAGGGUGCCCCAGUUUCAAUCCCUCACGCGUUGAAGCCGUGACGACGCUGCUAUGGAAAUCAUCACUGGAAGCAGCGAAAGAAAGUUUAGAUUCUGGGGAAGAAAUAAUUGUUGCUUCUGCGGUAUCCCACACUGUGAACAUUCGCAGCAGAAUGGUUCCAUCUUUGUCGAAGCAUUCAGUUGGAAACAUUUGGCAAUACGCGGUGUCUUCGUUGGUGGAAGUGGAGGGGGAAGUGGGGUUGCGUGAUUUGGCAGAGAGAACGAGGGAAACGAUAGGAAAAGUUGAUGGAGAUUAUAUAAAGAAACUUCAGAGUGAUGAGUUUGUUGAAGUAGUUCAGGCUAUAGAAGAAGCAAGGAGACUGGCUGAAGAAAAGGGUGUUCGAGGUUAUGGGUUUACCAGUUGGGUAGGGUUUGAGUUCUAUGAAGUUGAUUUUGGAUGGGGAAAGCCCAGUUAUGCUAGCACCAUUCCUGUGCCCAUAAAAAAUUUGGGAACUUUGAUGAGCACAAAGGAUGGAGAUGGCAUAGAGGCAUGGCUUACCUUGACCACACGUGACAUGGCUCGGCUUGAACACAAUGCAGAACUUCUGAACUUUGCGUCGUUUGAUUCUUAA